UUUGUUUUCUUCAUCAAUCUUUCUGUUUCAUUUUUACUGUUGUUAGUAUCAAGUAAUCAACGCUUUUCUUUUUUUUAUGUUCAUAUUUCAAUAAAUGACAAAACAAAUUCAAGUCAUUGGUCUCCUGACAAAUUCUAAUUUCGUGUAUAGGUAGAAGGUUGUGGGAUUAAACAAAAACUUUUUGUUUGGAAUCUUGCGAUAUUUGAGUUCUACAAAAUUAGUCUGGUACCGAUCUAGACUACUUAAAUUAUUUAUGAUAUUCAAAAGAACGAUUAAUAAUGCAGAAAAUUCAAACAUUAGUUGUGGUUACAAGGGAGAUAUUAAGUGUGAAAUUGAAGUAAAAAUUUGUCUACUAUCUACAUCUUAUCUGAAGUAGUGUUUAUAUACCGGAAACAUGUAUUUUAACACUGCAAAUUCAUUAAUAUCGUAAGGCCGGCCGUGUUAAAAACGAUAAGCAUAUCAAACUGAUAAGCUGGCUUCAUGUUAAAAUGUUACAGUGUAAAAUCUGCUACAGUUACUGUCGGUAUUUUAAAAAACGUCAUUAGUGUUCACUUGUAUGAAACUCCUAAUAAUUAUAUAAAAAAAAAGCUUAGUCGAAAAAAAAUAUACUCUAGGCAAAUCGACGGAAUGGUUUCAAAUUAGUGAUUUAAAGUUGCUAGUGUAUUUGCUACAUUAUUGGAUGUGAAAUAUGGAAUCUGAGAUAAAAUAGUUUCGUUUCGUACUAAAAAAAUAUCAAAAAUUUAUUCACUAAUUUUAUUAGUAUUCAAAUCAUGUUAGCAUCGGUGUUUGAACUCAUUCUAAACAUAAAAUGUACAUCAUAUAGUAAACACCUAAUUGAGAUAAAGUUUAGUUUUUGCACUGUAUCUUAUUUCUAGAAAUAAUAUCGGCAAUAAUUUUAGAGGAUUUAGCUAGUAAACAACCACCAGUUUCGUGUAACUAGACGAAAUUUUAAUACAACCUCUUUUUAUUCUAUAGGCAUUCAAAACAUGUAAGUGCAAUAUUAUAAUUAGUGUAUUAUUUAUUGAACAAUUUUCCAUACAAUAACCGGUAAGAUGAUGAUAAAGAAUAGCCUGAUAACGUCUAUCCACGCAGUGUUUCGUAUACGUAUUAUUUUCGAUGAUAAGUGCAAAACAAUUAGUAAUUUUCGUUAUACAUCGGUGACUGACUGAUCGUAAAUAUGUGAGGUGCUUAAAAUUGUUAAAAGCAAAAACAAGUGCCAACGAUGAAAAUAGUUUCUGCGUGUGAGUUUUAUUUUCCUCAAUACAGAUCUUUUUUUAAAUACGAAAUCACAACAAUAUUUUUUCGUACUUAGACCUGUCUAAAUGAUGAAUAUACAGUGUUAAACAAAACUAUGAAUGUUUGUAAAUAAGUCUGUUUGUUCAAAACUUUGAAACGCGAUUUAAAAAAUGUCGGAUACUAUUUCGUCCAAAUUUUUGGAUUAUUUAGACGAAAUGAAGGUUAAAGCAAUGGUAGUGAUCCUAUAUAUUUAUAGACUCAUGAGGAAUGACAGUUCGGAGACAGAGGAAGUUGGAGACAGAAUGAUAUUAGAGCCAAAGUUCGUCGACUAUGGCAGUAUACAUCCUACGUCUGCAGAUAUUUCCAGUAACCAGACGCAACAACAUAAUUCUCAUGGAGUGUUGAACACCAGAUCCUCUACCGUCUUACCCAUCAACGACGAACCGGCUAAUACCUCCAACGAAAAUAAAAUGACCCAAGGAGAUCUGUAUCAGAGACAACCAUUACUACCUAACACAAAUAAAGGGGAUAAAUGGGGGCAUGGUGCACACAGUACUUCAGGUACCGGAUAUUAUGACGAAGAAGAGGAAGAAGAUAUUAUUCAAAAAAGUAAUGAUCGCAACGGACAUAUAUCCAUAGAUUUACCAGCACCUGUUCGAGAAGAACCGAGAUUUCCUCAAGAAAGAUGUAAAACACUGUUGGCUGCUGUCAUCAUGAUGUUUAGUUUUAUUCUAACUCUUACUUCACUUAGUUUAGUACAUGAACGUGUACCGAACUACCCACCCCUUCCUGAUGUGUUCCUGGACAACGUACCUGCUUAUGAUUGGGCUUUAGAUGUAUCUGAAUAUAUCAUUAUUUUUUCUGUAAAUACUAGUUUAAUAGCCAUGAUAUUUCACAAACAUAGAUUUAUUGUAUUUAGAAGAAUAUUUUUAAUAAUGUCAUUGUUAUACAUGUACCGAGCCAUUACUAUGUAUGUAACCGUAUUGCCUAAGUCUAAUAUAAACUACCCUUGUGCACCAAAGUCUAAUGAAACCUCGCCGCUGAUGAUAGUCAAAAGGGUAGUUAAACUAAUGACUGGUAUGGGUUUGUCGGUAAAUGGCCAGCAUGUCUAUUGUGGAGAUUUCAUUUACAGCGGACAUACUGUGAUACUGACAUUUACUUUUCUACUAGUGUCAGAAUAUACGCCGAAAAAAUUAUACUUGCUACACUGGUUGUAUUGGAUAUUAUCGUGCGUGGGAGUAAUUAUGUUGGAAAUAUCCCAUGGACAUUACAGUAUAGAUGUGAUAAUUGCUUACUUUAUUACCACCAGAACAUUUUGGACCUACCAUACGUUUGCCAAUAACAGUUUGCUAAAGCAACAUUCUCCGAACAAUUUGAUGGGUCGUGAAUGGUGGUUUUCGCUGUUUUUGUAUUUUGAAGGUAAUGUUGGUGGUCCCAUACCACGACAGUUCAACUGGCCCUUUCCGUGGCCAAGAAGGUGGCAUCUAAAAAGUCGAGCUAGUUAGUGACACUCACCGUGCUUUUGUAAAAAACUUGUUUAAAUUUAUUACAUGUGAUAUAUAUAUAUAUAUAAAUAAUGUGUAAUUGCCUUAACUGACUAAACAUCUUGCUCUUUAUAUACAUUUACAAAGUAUUAAUUUUUGCUGGAUGGUGAUUUUUUAUUCUCUCACUGUUUUCGGUAUCUUGAAUUUUUAUACAUAUAUUUUAUAUUAACUAUUUUUCCACUAACACUUAGAUAUUUGUCAUUAAUGUGUAUAUUAUUAGUAGAUUCUAAACUACAAUGUUUUGUCUCAAUCAAGUAUAUCAAUUUGUUAUAAUUUAAGAUCAAAGUACAAAGUCACUUACAACUAAACUAAACUGUAUAUGUUUUACGUAACCACUUUUUAUAUUGCAUUUGUACAAAUUAUCAUUUUUCUUAAAUCUUUUAAACCAUUUUGAUAGAUUAUAAGUUUCUAUAAUGUUAUAACAAAAAUAGCCAAAUUUUUACUGUAUUCUAAUGGAAGACCCAAUAUGUUUCCAGUUUUUUCCAACAACAUUCUCUAGCUUUCUCCAUGUGAUUUAAUAUUUAAAAUAUGAUAUAUUUGAAUAAAUACAAUGGUUUAACCAAUUAACCAUAGAUUUCUUAAACUUUGGCUUUUUUCUGUAUAUCUGUCUCAGUUGCUUAUAUCACUCAAGCGACAUCUGGAAAACUUUUUUCAAUGCAGUUUCAGUUAUGAAAAAAGGUUGAUUACACUUUAUGUAGUGCAAACAGAUUCACACUCUGGAGCAAAUUUUAUGUGAACAUUACUCUUAGUCCAGUCAAUUUAGCUGUUUACGAGCGCUAGCUAGUGUUUCUAUGUAUUUUGAGGUGCUUGUUCCAAAGGAAUAAAAAUUAGAAUGGAGCAAACUCUUCAAGUGCCCAAAUUAGGGAAAAGCGGUCAUUUUAAUGGAGAAAGAGUACUUUGAUAAUAAAAUUGAGCACGUCAUUCAAAAGAAGGAUGAAUUUUUUUAAAGAAAUGUAUAUAUUCCCAUUGUUGAACUUCAAAACUGCCACCAGAAACGCCCAAGUAAUUUUCAUUCUUCAAGGUCAAAUAAGAUUUUUUUUAUUUCAUUAUAGGGUAAAAUCUUUAAAAAAUUGAUUGUACAUGGGAAUAAUCAAACAAAAUAUAAGAAUUUAUAUGAUUAAAUCAUAACAAACAUUUGUAUUUUAAUGAGUCUUAAUCAAAGAAACCUUCAAUAAUGAACUGCUUAAUAAUGUAGGUACACUAUAACCUCUUUCGAAACACGCCAGCUACAUAAGAAAAUAAAAAUAGGCAUGCAUAUGUAACUCAUGAAUAAUAACUGUUUAUUUUUAUUUAAUAUGCAUUCACUUACACAAAUUCAAAAAAAAUACAUGCUAUAUUCAUGCGCAAAAGCAAAAAUCUAACCACCUUUCACCAACAAGUAUGCUGCCAGUAUAACAAACAACUGACUUUACGUAGAGGAUUUAAACUUCUUAGGUUUGUCACAUGAAAAUAAAAUUUUAAUAGAGUAUUAACAAUAUAAAGAAUUUACACGGCGUAAAUUUUCAUCUUAUAAUAUCGAAAAUUGUAGUUGCCAAACCAUUUUUCUUGAAAAACGUCUUUUUUGUAAGGUUAAAGGGUUAAAUAAAAUAUUCUUAAAUUUUUUAUUGAUUGGUAUAGGUUCUACAAAAAUCAAAGAACACGAAAAAAUUUUUUUUAUAAAACAUUGAUUUGGCGACGGCAAAAAUGGAAUUUCAAUCCCGAGUAACUCGUUGUAUAAUUUGAAUUAUGUUAUAAUUUGGAGAGAUUGUAAAUAACAUGUCUAUAAUUAAUAUUAUCGAGUGGUCAAUUUUAAUGUUUUCGAUACCAAAAAUUUUGUAUCAGUAAAAAAAUAUAUGAAAUAUUUUUUUUCAAGUCCUACAAUCGAUGCUUUCUUUUGAACAGGGUAUUUUUAGUUUUUCAAUGUCUCUUUUUCACGAAUUAGCAAAAAAAGUGAAAACACUUUUAAAAAUUCAAAUUUUUUGUAUUGGCGCAAAAUUUUUCUGAUGAAAAUAAAUAUAUUUUCUACAGCUUUCAAUUUGCAUCACCAAAAAUAUGGAAUAAUUUUGCCAUUUCGGACAAAAUUCAAUUUUAUUGUGUUAUUGGGCAAUUACAAAAAAUUCCUGAUUUUGCCAAAAAACAAAACAAAAUAUUGAAAUACAUACCUCAGAAGAAUUCCUCACUUAAAAA